AUGGCUUCUAAGAAGUUGGGUGCAGAUUUUCAUGGGACUUUCAGUUACCUUGAUGAUGUCCCAUUUAAGAUAGGAGACAAAUUCAAAACACCAGCUAAAGUUGGUCUACCUAUUGGCUUCUCCCUGCCUGAUUGUUUGCAGGUUGUCAGAGAAGUACAGUAUGACUUCUCCUUGGAAAAGAAAACCAUUGAGUGGGCUGCAGAUAUUAAGAAAAUCCAGGAAGCCCAGCGGGAAGCAGAGCGGAAGGCUGAAGAAGCAGAAGCUAAAGUGAAUUCUAAGAGUGGCCCAGAGGGCGAUAACCAAAUGAGCUUCUCCAAGACUCACAGUAUCACCGCAAUGCCACCUCCUAUUAACCCCAUCCUUGCCACCUUACAGCACAACAGCAUCCUCACCCCGACUCGGGUCAGCAGCAGUACCAUGAAACAGAAAGUUCUCAGCCCACCCCACACAAAGGCAGAUUUCAAUCCUGCUGACUUUGAGUGUGAAGAAGACCCAUUUGAUAAUCUUGAGUUAAAAACUAUUGAUGAGAAGGAAGAACUGAGAAACAUUCUGGUAGGAACCACUGGACCCAUUAUGGCUCAGUUAUUGGACAGUAACUUGCCUAGAGGCGGCUCUGAGUCUGUGUUACAGGAUGAAGAAGUCCUGGCAUCCUUGGAGCGGGCAACACUAGAUUUCAAGCCUCUUCAUAAACCCAAUGGCUUUAUAACCUUACCGCAGUUGGGCAACUGUGAAAAGAUGUCGCUGUCUUCCAAAGUGUCCCUCCCCCCCGUACCUGCAGUGAGCAAUAUCAAAUCCUUGUCCUUCCCCAAACUUGACUCUGAUGACAGCAAUCAGAAGACAGCCAAGUUGGCAAGCACUUUCCAUAGCACAUCCUGCCUCCGCAAUGGCACGUUCCAGAAUUCCCCAAAGCCUUCCACCCAAAGCAGUGCCAUUGAGCACAGUGGGCAUCAGAGUCUUGGGCUUUCAACUUUGAACUUGGACAGUGGCACAGAAGUGCCAGCCCUGACCCCUUCUGAUAUGAUAUCCCAGAUGCCUUCCCUCUCUGUCUUGUCUGUGUGCACAGAAGAAUCAUCACCUCCAAAUACAGGUUCCACGGCCACACCUCCUAAUUUCUCAAUGUCACAAGUGCCCAACACUCCCAGCUGUCCCCCGGCUUAUUCUGAACUGCAGAUGCUGUCCCCCAGUGAGCGGCAGUGUGUGGAGACAGUGGUCAACAUGGGCUACUCCUUUGAGUGUGUCCUGAGAGCCAUGAAGAAAAAAGGAGAGAAUAUUGAGCAGAUUCUCGACUAUCUCUUUGUACAUGGACAGCUCUGUGAGAAGGGCUUCGACCCUCUUUUAGUGGAAGAGGCUCUGGAAAUGCAUCAGUGUUCAGAGGAAAAGAUGCUGGAGUUUCUUCAGUUAAUGAGCAAAUUUAAGGAAAUGGGUUUUGAACUGAAAGACAUUAAGGAAGUUCUGCUCUUACACAACAAUGACCAGGACAAUGCUUUGGAAGACCUCAUGGCUCGGGCCGGAGCCAGCUGA